AUGGCAUCUGUUUAUCAAAUUGAAUGGUCACCUUUUAUACCCGAAGUAUUCCUCUCGUGUUCUGCGGAUAUGACAAUGAAAUUGUGGCAUACGGAUCAUAGACAACCUCUAAUUACUAUUCAAACAAAUAUGACGACAAUAUCUUCAAUAUCUUGGUCACCACAUAAUUCUUUGAUAUUUGCUGCAGCUAACGAAGGUCUACUUGAAAUAUGGAAUCUGGACCAUUCAACUGUUGAUCCUUAUGUUGCGGAAACAGUAUCAGUUGAUACAAACAUGACCAGUGUUAUCUUCUCUGAAACGAGUCAAAGUGUUCUAAUAGGCGAUGAUCAAGGCACAGUGCAUGUAUACCAUUUGUCUAAUCCCCCAGACUCACCAGUCAAAGUGUCAGAACAGGUAUUUCAACUCAACCAAUUUCUCAACACCUGUUUUAGUAACCUCCAGUGAUAUAAUGAAAAUAUUACGAAGACUUUUUUCUCGUUAAAAUGUUAACUGAUCCAUUUUGAAAUUAUUUCGAUAAACUGCAUGCCGGUAAGCCUGGUGACAGUUUAUUCAGUGAUGAAAAUAAAUGUAUUAGAC